ACACAUCCAUGUCCCUGAAGGUCUUGGUCUCUGUGUAAGGCCUUGUCUGUCUCUUGCAGCCUCCUUUCUCUCUCACUCUCUCUUUCAAUUGCCAGAACCUGCCCCCCAGACCCCAGAAUGCUCCUGCUUCUGACAGCACUCCAGGUGGUGGCUCUAGCCAUGGCGCAGAGCCAAGAGAAUGAGGACAAGAUACUUGGUGGUUAUACAUGCAUCCAGAACUCCCAGCCAUGGCAGGCGGCCUUACUGGCAGGUCCCUUUCGUCGUUUCCUCUGUGGAGGGGUCCUGCUGUCAGGCCAAUGGGUCAUCACCGCUGCUCAUUGCUCCCGCCCGAUCCUUCACGUAGCCCUGGGCAAGCACAAUCUGAAGAACUGGGAGGCCACCCAGCAGGUGCUGCGUGUGGUUCGCCAGGUGCCACACCCCCAGUACAACUCCCGGACCCACAACAACGACCUGAUGCUGCUGCGGCUGGAGCGGCCUGUUCGGCUGGGGAGGGUGGUGAGGCCCAUUGCCGUGGCCACUUCCUGUGCCAGCCCAGGGACCCCCUGCCUCGCGUCGGGCUGGGGCACCACAUCCAGCCCCAUUGCCAGGUACCCCAACUCCCUGCAGUGUGUGAACAUCAACAUCUUCUCGGAUCAGGAGUGUCGGCGGGCUUAUCCCGGAGCCAUCACUGCUGGCAUGGUCUGUGCAGGUGUCCCCCAAGGGGGGAAGGACUCUUGUCAGGGUGACUCCGGGGGACCUCUGGUGUGCAAAGGAGAGCUCCAGGGCCUCGUUUCAUGGGGGAUGGAGCAUUGUGCCCUGCCCGGCUACCCUGGGGUCUACACCAACCUGUGCAAGUACCAGACCUGGAUCCGGAAAACAAUACGGAGCAAAUGAUUGUUGACGUGACUUAACAGCAGCUGCCCACCUGCCUCCCCAGCCCCCUCCUCCCUCAGACCCAGGAGUCUGGGCCCCCAGCUUCUUGAUUGGGACCCCUGGCCCAGAACUCCCCUUUCCCAGAGAGGUUCCUUCAGGUUUGCUCUCCGCACCCACACAACACCAUUAUUCAGGACCCCUUAGGUACGGGACAAGAGCGUGAAAACACAAAACUAGCACCGUAUCCCAAA